AUGCGUGCGUUCAUCCCUAUACUCGCCAAAGUGGCGACGGUCCUUUCCUUGAUACUUGCAGCAUCGGCCGAGCCGCUACUGACUCAACGUGCACUGGAACUCAAGAAUGGCUACGAUGCCGACCUGGUCCGUCGAUCGUUCCAGGCUAACGACCCCACGGAUCUCGCAGUCGGGGUUUGGACUACCUUCCCAGCCGCAACCGGUUUUAGCUUCUAUUUCGAUUUGACAAUCACAGUGCCUUUCCAAUUGACCGUCGUAGACUAUCUCUGCAUUGGGAACAACUACGAUGUUUACGACACGGUGGACACCAGCGCGGAGGUCCUCAUCGGUACCGCCAAGACGACUAGCCCUCGAGACAACUGCGCAACCUACACGACAGACCCAAACGCCGCCCUUGCCAAUGCAGCCUACGGACGAGUCAGCGUUCUCCUCCAACCCGGCACCCAUAUCAUUCGUGUCGCACACCGUGCCGACUCCUACUACACCGGGGGCUUUGGCUACAUCCGUGCCGACCCACGCCCCGACGCGCCGACGGGCUGCUCCUCGGAAAUUUGCGAAGGCGGCAUUUGCACCGUCGCUCUCUACACGCGCCGAUUCUGCAGUAUCACCCAAUCGCCUCCCUGCCCGAGCGGAUGCCGUUGCGUUGAUGGUGUUGCUGGCACCGCGUGCACUCUCGACAACGAUAUCACCCUUGGCAGCUGUAUCACAGAUAUCGACUGCCCAUGUGGAACUGCGUGCACGUAUAACUCGCAGUUGAGGACUUUGGCGAGAACGUGCAGGCCGUUGUGCGAUUCGGAGCCGCAGUUCGUCACCAUCAUCAAGGACUUUGUCCCUGGCCCGUGA